AUGGGGAGAAAAAGGCUGGAGAUCAAGCGAAUCAAGGAGAACAGUGCGAGAAUGAUUUGUUUUUCAAAACGAAGAAAUGGUUUAAUUAAGAAAGCGAGGGAGUUAUCUGUUCUCUGCGAUGUCGACGUGGCCGCCAUUUUCUUCUCCAAGAGAGGAAAACUUUAUGAGUAUUGUAGCACCGAUAGCAUGGUGCAGGUCCUGCAACAAUAUCAAAGUCGAGUCGAGAGUGAGAAAGAUGGUUGCGAUAUAGAGGAUCUUUACUCCAGAAACGGUGAUUAUCUUUCAUAUAGUGAGCUUCUCAAAACAGUUGGAAGGUAA